UCGGAAGGACGAAGCCCAAUCUGUGCUGGGUAACCCCAGCCUCGCAAUCUGGGUCCAGGACAAGACGAUCGCAGGUGAACAUACGUCAAACGGCCUUCUUCCCUGCUGGCCUUCUUUGCCAUCGAGACCGUCCACGCCCAUCGUUAUCCCAAGUGACCAGGUUUGCCGACGCUUGGUUCCGCAUUUCCGAGCAGGCAGCGCACAGGUCGCGUCCGGGCCCUCAAGCAGGGCUCACCGGCACCGUCAUAGGGCCAAGCGUCCCCGCGCUCGCAUCUGUGCUCGCGCCGAAGGCCAUCAGCCGCAACCAGGCUGUGAAGUGGAGUCACCAUCUGAGCCGCCUUCGAAGCGCAUACCCGUCUGCUGUGUUAUAUUGCGCCUCGUCCCUCGCCGUCCCUCGCCGUCCCUCGCCGGCUCUGUAAUCCAGUCCCCCUCGCUGCAGCUGUCCUGCGCGCACAUCGCAUCUACCCCGCCAGCAUGGCCUACAAUUCCAAGUUCAACCCGGACAGGCUGCCUGCGCACGCGGAGCCUGAGCAGGCCGCCGCCCUGCUCCACGGCCGCGAAUCGACCCGCCCCCCGCGCACCUCCUCCGCCCGCCCAGACUACAACGACAAGCCGCUCCCCCCGUCCCAGCGCCCCGACGACCGCUACGGCCGCAGCCACAGCAACUCUUACGGCUCUUACGACUCCAGACCCCCGCCCGGCGCAUACGGCGCGCCAGACCCGCGCUACGACGACCGCAGCCGCUACGACACCCAGCCCGGCGCGCGUCGCAACGACCACCCUCCGCCUCGCGACCCGCGCUACGACGGCUACGGGAGCCCACCGCCGCAGAACUACGGGCAUGGGCCUGCGCCCGCGGGUUUUCAUCACGGGAGGCCUCCCGUGCAAGCCAGGCCACCCGCGACGCCUGCGCCGCCAAGGGAUGGGAAUGAUAGAGUUGCGCUGGACCGGUUGUUCAAGCAGGUUGACCGCGAUAGCAAUGGCAACCUGACGGAGGCAGAGCUCAAGACGGCGCUGGUGAAUGGCGAUUGGAGCCCGUUUGACCCGCAUACUGUGCGCAUGAUGAUCAGGAUGUUUGACACCGACCGCUCCGGCUCCAUAAACUUCGAGGAAUUCUGCGGCCUCUGGGGCUUCCUCUCCGCCUGGCGCAACCUCUUCGACCGUUUCGACGCCGACCGCAGCGGCUCCAUCUCGUACUCCGAAUUCACCGACGCCCUGAUCGCCUUCGGGUACCGUCUCUCGCCUCAAUUCGUGCAGCUGCUGUACUCGACGUACGACCGCCGCGGCGACAACAACAUGAGCUUUGACCUGUUCGUGCAGGCGUGCAUAAGCUUGAAGCGGAUGACGGACGUGUUCAAGAAGUACGACGACGACCGGGACGGGUACAUAACGCUGAGUUUCGAGGAGUUCCUCACAGGUGCGCAGACCCUCUUCCUCUUCAACAGCAUCUCGGCUGCGACUGAUACCGGCCUGUACUAGAAAUCAUCCGCCAGCGAUAGAAAAGACAAAACGACUGCGACCCGCAAACACCAGCAAAAUCAUACGCAUGCAUGACUGGACGGCAGUGCAUUUCUUUGGACACUUUACUAGGUACGAGAUGCCUGUCCUGAGGAG